AAAGAAAGUUUUCCGACAUUCUCUUUCGGAUGCUAUUCCGACAUCAACCUACGUGACUCGAGUUGUUUGCAUGAAUGUCUGGUGAGCACAUGUGUCAAUGGCACGAUCUUCCGGCGGAAAUGAAAGUAGCAGUUUUGCGUUAUUUGCCAUUCCAUUCUCUCAUGCGUUUCAUGCUUCUGAGCAGAGAGAGUUAUUUUUUGGCUUCACAAGCAAAAAUUACGGUGUUCGUGUUCAAAGUACAUUACGAGAAAAAAAACCAGUGCCUCGUCCUGAGUAUUGCAUGGGCUAAACAUGGAGAGGAAUCUUAUGAUUGGUGUUAUAGUUGGUAUGAGGUGAAGAUUCUUCAGAGGAGUGCUGGAGGAAGCGUGAUAAUCCAUAAAAAGGAUAGACGCAUUUAUUGCGAACACGAUGCCGACUCAGUGGGCAUGCAAGUGCUUUUUCACUACACGAAACUCUUCGAUGUUCAAGACGUAGAGAUAGAAGAUCUUGUGAUGUCAUCAGGACUUUAUUGCAUGCUGCACGGACAACUGAAUGGUCUGACUUUGCACGCAAAACGCUUUACACUUUGCAUUGGCGACAAUCAACUGAUUUCCUCGCUUGUACCUUUUUUACCAAGUUUUUCUUCUAUCAUCAUCACCUACGCCUUCAAGAACGGUAUACUUACAACAAUAAGUAGCGAUGUAUUCGAUCAUGAAGCGAUCCGCACGGCUCAAUAUCUCGACACUACGGACUUUAGCGCAGAUCUCUCCGAUAAACAAAUAUGCAAUUUGAAAGCGUCUGGGCUGCACGUGUAUUCUCCACACAUUACUUCUCGCUCUAUCAAUCGAAUGAUACAUCAGUGGUUCAAAGGAGAGCGUGAAAUUGAUUUCAUUGAAAUAGACACUGACGGGGAUCUGUCGUGGAAUCAGCUUCUCAACGAAAUUGAUCCUAGACGCAUUCAACCCGGAAGAGAGCAUGGGUAUCAAGACUAUGGAGAUAUGGUGGCUAAAGUGUUGCACUCUGACCAUGAUGGGGAUAUCUAUAUCGCUGUAUGCGACAAUCACUGUGAAUUGGGACGCCCUUGAUCUUCUGUAUGCUUUCCAGUUCUGCAUAACAUCUUUGUAAGAGAGUUUAUUGCCAUGUAUUAGGGAUGGGGUUAUUCAGCAUGACUCAAAUGUCCCAUUUUCAUAUAUCACUCCUUUCCCUUUUCGCCGCCAAGAUCAGAAAGGCAAUAAAUGUACAUGCAUAAAUAAGUCAC